AUGUGGCAGAUCUGCGCGUUCCGCUUCAUCAACAACAUGUUCCAGAGCAUCGGGUCGACCGCUGGCACCCCCAUGUCGGGCACGUGGGCUGACGUCGAACCGUUGAACGACUCGCUGUCGUCCAUCAUCGGGAACGCCAUCUUUUCGGCCAUCUUGGUCGCGGUCGGCAAGUGGGGUCUGCACUGGAACUGGCGCUGGACGAUUGCGCUCGGGUCUGUCGGAGUCAUCCUCGUCGACGGGUUUGUCAUCUUUUGCACGAUCUGGGACGUCAUUCGCAACCAAUGGUUCUUCACGGGAGUCGCGUUGGCCGACAAUAUCCCUGCCGGUGUACGCUUCAUCGUGGCGACGUACUGCGCCGUCGAGAUUGCGGAUAUCGGGAACGAAGGCGCGACGUAUGGCCUCGUCACGACC